CUCCCCCAAGAUUAUGGGUUUCCGCAUGGGAAGGAAGCUGAUUUUAUAGGCAAUAUUCAGAGAUCCAAGUCCCAUGGGUAGGACAGAUGUGGACAACUGAUAAGUCGUCAGAUGUAGUGAGACUGCAGAUCAACACUUCUGUGAAACUACGCAAUGUGGCAAACCAGUAAAAAACGUGUGAUGGUCAUCAUUCAUGUUUGAAACAAUUGCCUAUGGAACUUCUGGAAACUUGAAAUACUGGUGAGGUAUGUGCUCCUUAUUCAGGAAGCCAUGUUAUGAAUGUCUCCAUUUGAUGAACAUGUCUGUGGACCUUAAGAGAAACUUGCUGAUGAUGCUUCUGUGGCUGUUGCUGCUAUUUUCUGACAUCUUGGGAUCUGGAGCUGAUGCAUCCUUGAGUGAGAAGACGCUUGACCUAAUGAAGCAAGCCCGUUUAAUUGAUGGACACAAUGAUCUGCCAUUAAAGCUGAGAUGGUUAUACCAAAGCAAGCUGAGUCAAAUUAACUUGAGGACGCUCAACACAACUGCCACAAACAUCCAGAAGCUUCAGGCUGGUCAUGUGGGUGCUCAGUUUUGGUCUGUGUAUGUUCUCUGCCAUGCACAGAAUAAAGAUGCCGUACGCUUGACGCUGGAACAGAUUGACCUUGUCAGGCGGAUGUGUGAAACCUAUGAGGAAUUUGAACUGGUGACAUCUGCACAAGGCAUUAUUGAUACGGACAGUACAAAGAUCGCAUGUUUAAUCGGCCUUGAAGGGGGUCACUCCAUCGACAGCAGUCUUGCAACCCUGAGGAUGUAUUACGCCCUGGGAGUCCGGUACAUGUCGUUGACGCACAACUGCAACACUCCCUGGGCAGGUACAUGGUCAAAACAAGUACAUCGUUUGUAUCCCAGCACAAAGGGCUUGAGCACUUUUGGCAAAGCAGUGGUGGAGGAAAUGAAUCGCCUGGGAAUGAUGAUAGACUUAUCUCACACCUCUGAGGCAACUGCAAGAGCUGUUCUCAGCAUCUCCAGAGCACCCGUCAUUUUCAGCCAUUCCUCAGCCUUCUCUGUUUGCAACCAUUCAAGGAAUGUUCCAGAUGAUAUUCUGCUCCGUCUGAAAGAGAACCGUGGGAUCGUGAUGGUGACAUUCCCAGUUGAGUUUUUAGCCUGUGGUACCCAAGCGGUGAACAUUUCAACUGUAGCAGAUCACUUUGACCACAUCAGGAAAAUUGCAGGUUCAGAAUCAAUAGGAAUUGGUGGCGACUAUGAAGGAGCAGUCAGAUUUCCCAAGGGACUGGAGGAUGUUUCCAAAUACCCAGCCUUGAUUGAGGAGUUGAUGAGAAGAGACUGGCGCAAGGAAGAACUGCGAGGCGUUUUGAGAGACAAUUUCCUUCGUGUUUUCAAGGAAGUAGAAAAAGUGCAGCAUGAGAGCAUAUCCAUGAAGGCGAGUGAGGUGGAAGUUGCUCCUGAAAUAGUAAAUCAUCCUUGUCGCUUAGACCUGAACAUCACUUCUCUGAAGACAGCCAAUUCGUAUGGAUUGCCUUUCUGGGGACAAUCAAGCAGUCUAAUGUUCACUAUCUUGUUGUAUGUAACUCUAGCCUGAGUUCAUCUCAGGAAACAGAAUAAUGCAUCUACCUGCCUGUGACAAGACGGGGAAUGCUCGAUGCUUCACAGGGAUCUACCCUCAGUAGAGAGAUUGUGUCUCAUCACAUUGCCUCUUCAGAAAUAGAUUCAGUGUGAUGUGCAAUGCAACUGGAUUCUGCUGUGUGUGGAAAUUGUCGGGCCUUCCUAUUUUCCAUGGAUAAAGGGGACAGUGUGUUCAGACAUCAAGGAUUGAAUUUUUGAAUCUACUGUUUUGCAUCCCACCAUCUUCCCACUUGACAUUGAGAAAGGGUGCAUUCACACCUGCAUAUGUAGCACUUACUUUAAUAUCGCUUGAUUAGUGUACGCGAGAUGGUAAUCAAGUGUGAGAAAGCGACCCAUUAAGAGCACCGUGUUUGAAGGAAUAUGAUUUGAUAUGGAAAUGCUCUCUGUGGUCUUGGACCGUAAUAAAGAUGAUUGCUUGAUUGCUUGA